AAAAAAAAAAAAAAAUCUGUUUAUGGUGUUUUUAUACUGGGGAAAAGGGCUUAUAUAUAAGACAAACAUACUCUGAAACCUCUGUGAUAUUUGCCUGGUCGUUUUUCUUUCUUUCUUUCUUUCCUUCUUGUACUAAUUUGGCUUUGUUUGGGAUUUUGGCGCCGCCUCGUCGUUGGCUUGAGAAGCUUUUUCAUUUUCCUCUUUGCUGGGAUUUUGGGGGACUUUGCUCUCUUGAAAACCAGACCAACAACUGCAACAACAUAUAGCAGAGGGACUAUUCGGCAAAUUAGGCUUUUGGAUUACUUUUCUCAACUGGCUUUUGCUUGGCAAAGGAAGAAAAUCAUUUUUGUGAGAGUAUUAAGCGUUUCUCUCGUCGCUUCUUCUGUGUGAGGCAGGGGAUAUAUGUUUGGUUGAGCAAUGAUUGCUAUUAAAUUUUGGAUUGAAGAUUCUGGAAAGUUUUUUAAUUCAAUCCUUAUCUGAGUUCAGUUUCAGAGUUCGAACCACAGAUUUUUUUUUUGGGUACGAAUUUAUUUACAGGGGCGUGAAAUACAAGGCAAACUCUCCUUUUACUUGAUUGAACUUCCGAGUAUGAGUGUAUUAUAAAGAGAAAUACAACAGAAGAAGCCUAGUUGUGCUCCUCGAAGAUUAGAAGUGUACUGACGGAAGGAUUGAUUUGCAAGAAUUCUCUCAAGGUUGAAACCCAUAAAGUUAUAGGGAAGAAGAAGAAGAAACUUUUGCAGAGAAAUAUUUUACUCUCUCGAAAAUAUUUUGAUUAAAUUUUGGGAAAAAUGGCUACAAACCUAUCAGAAAUGCAUGAACCUAGUAUUGACACUGAUAAGCUCAGCUACGAGAUCUUUUCGAUUUUGGAGAGCAAGUUCCUCUUCGGCUAUGAUGAUCAGAAGUUAUGGGUUCCCAAGCAGAUCGCUCCCGCAGCCACCGCCAUGGACCACACGAAACUUGAAGCUGUGCCGCAGAGUGUUGGCCCUGAUAAUGGCAUCUCGGCCAUCAAGAACCAGAGAGGCAAAAUCUGCAUACUCAGCAUCGAUGGCGGAGGCAUGAGAGGGAUUCUCUCCGGGAAAGCAUUGGCCUACUUAGAGCACGCGCUCAAGGUCAAAUCGGGGAAUCCAGACGCCAGAAUCGCCGAUUACUUCGACGUGGCAGCCGGGGCCGGUGUCGGAGGGAUUUUCACGGCGAUGCUCUUCGCUACCAGAGACCAGAGCCGCCCGAUUUCCAAAGCCGAUGAUACUUGGAGGUUUUUGGCCGAGCAGGGUAAGAGAUUCUACACUUCUUCUUCGUCGAGCUCCGCCACUGGUGGAAAACUUCUCCGGCGAAUCAUCAGAGGCAGCGGCUGCGGCUCGACUGGCUCGGCCACCGCAGGGUUAGAGAAAUCGAUGAAAGAUAUUUUCGUCGAGAAAAAUCGGAGGAGCCUAACUCUGAAAGACACGUUGAAGCCGGUGUUGAUACCUUGCUACGAUCUGUCAAGUACGGCGCCGUUUCUGUUCUCACGCGCUGACGCGCUUGAGACUGACAGCUUCGACUUCCAGCUCUGGGAGGUAUGCCGAGCGACUUCGGCCGAGCCAGGUCGGUUCGACCCUGUUCAAAUGCGCUCUGUAGAUGGCCAAACUCGGUGCCUGGCGGUUGACGGCGGCUUGGCGAUGAGCAACCCGACGGCGGCGGCCAUAACGCACGUGCUACACAACAAGCAGGAGUUCCCAUUCGUGCGAGGGGUGGAGGACAUCUUGGUACUUUCAAUUGGAACGGGCCAGCUCAUGGAAGUAAGUUUCGAGAACGAACAGGUCAAGAAGUGGAAGGCCAAGGAUUGGGCCCGUCCCACGGCCCGUAUUGCCAGCGACGGCUCCGCUGACUUAGUUGACCAGGCCGUCUCCAUGGCCUUCGGUCAAUCCCGGAGUAGUAACUACGUCCGCAUUCAGGCUAACGGGUCAAGUUUGGGGCGGUGCGGGGCAAAUGUUGAUAAAGACUCAAGUCCUAGCAAUGUAAAUAUGCUCCUUGGAUUAGCAGAAGAGAUGCUUAAACAGAAGAAUGUUGAAUCAGUCCUUUUUGGCGGUAAGAGGAUCGAUGAACAGAGCAAUUUUGAGAAGUUGGACUGGUUUGCUGGGGAACUAGUGUUGGAGCAUCAGAGGAGGAGUUGCAGAAUAGCUCCCACUGUCGCUUUCAAGCAAGCUACACCUAAAGCAACAUAGAAGACAAACAAACAAAACGAUCAAGUUUAAAGCAAGAAGAAGUUAAAGAAAGGAAAAGAAAAAUGAAGGAUCAUGGCCCAGCGGUUGUCGGCCUACCGACACAAUUUUGUUUUAGUCUAGGGGCACAAUGGUCAUUUACUUAUAAAGAAAAUAAAAAAAAAAGGGUGGUUUGGUCAUUGUAUUGAAAACCAAAUCAUUGUGGUACCUAAAGGCAUUUCCGUAGUCCGGAAAGUGUUACACUAGAGAUUAUGAUUCCUUUGAAAAUGUUGUGUCCAAACUUAGCGUGAGGUUAUUCUCUCGACCUACAAAAUCACGUAUGUUGGUUGUCCCAAGGCCAAAUUAGGAAACUGGGUUGAGAUCAUUUAUAUUUUCUAAAUUACUUAGAUGCCCUUCUGCUCACAUAUAUGUGUGUAUAAAGUAUAUGCACAUUAAUUUGUGAAGUGAGCUUUAUUCUUGCGUACACUUGAUUUAUUGCCCUCCACAUAAAUGCUCUUCAUUGGUUUACCCCCCUCAGAUCUCUUAUGUAACAAGCACUAAGUACUGAGUCAAACAUGUUUCAUAGUGGCGUGGGGCUUUAAAGAUCAGUGGAUUAACUGUAAUUUACUUGAUGUAAAUCUUUACCUGAACUAGUUAAAUAUACAAACUUGGGGCCCGGGGGUGGAUGUGGUCAUUUUUGGCUGGUCAGUAAAUGGUGAAGAAUCCAGUAAAAAUGCUUCAACUAGUCAUAAAAUAUGCAGCAGCAAAUGCGCUUAUUGCUCUUCCCAACCGAACUCGUAUUAUUUAUUUAUAUUUUUUGCUGCAAAAACUUUUAACAGACAAAAAAUGGGGUAAAGCAACAGGGAAAGAGAAGUGAACACAACAGUUUGGAAAUAAAGCAAUUCAAACUGAUAUGUUAUUUGGAAGUAAGAGAAAGUGCAAACCUAGGCUCAUUCUUCAAAAUAUUGUUAGCAUUGUUGCUUUCCUUAAUUCCUCUAUUAUUACAUUUUUUUUUGUUGGGUUUUGAACUAAUAUUAGUCUCUUGUUUAAUUGGGUGCACUUUGUUUUUAUUUUUGUUUUAUUUUAAAGCAAUUUUCAUUGUUUUGUCAAUCUUAUUAUAUAUUAACAAAAUUCUUUCUGAAAUGCAGGGCAAAAGAAAAAAAGACAUCGAAUUAUAAAAUAGAAUGAAAAAAAAAGGAGAGAGAGAGAGA